UUUUAAUUUGUCACACCCUACUGAACAUUUCCAGGGCCUUGCCGAGCUGUGAUAACCCCAUCACCACCCUUCACUGUCUAUUUGCGUUUACUUUAGUGGAUAUUUUUUCUGCCCCUCACGUACGACACCAUCUAUGAGUGUCGCACUUUCUUUGACAGUGAUAAAGUGCUGUCCUACAGUCCCUGGAGAGGAGAGGCCUAGGGGUGUACAACUACAGUUAGCCUUUAGCUUCUGUCCAGCUCUGGUUUAUCGAUCAGUGCUUCUUGUCUCCUAUAACCUCGGCCUGCUGCCUUGAGAUCAAGUGUGGAAAAUACCUGCUGUCACAUCGACAGACAACUCUAGUCACUGCUGUGCGCUGAAUGCUUGGCUGAAGCUGAAAAGGAUCCUCUUUAAAGCAGCGUCUGUGACGAGCCGCCAUGGUACACCUGACCAUAGAUCUGAUCGCUAAAUCGAGAAACCACUUCAAAAAGAAAAGGGGCCUCUCCUUCCCAGAGUACCUCAAGACACUAACCCACCUCCACUUCUUCAGCAAGAAUAUUGAAGAUAUAGGGGAUCUCUCCAUGUGUAGGAACCUCACCGUCCUUUACCUGUAUGAUAAUCAGAUCACACACAUAUGCAACCUUGGCUUUGCCUCCAACCUCACCCAUCUGUAUAUGCAGAACAACAACAUCACUCGUAUAGAUAAUCUCUCCAAUCUGCAGAGGCUUUCCAAACUGUAUCUGGGUGGAAACAACAUUGCAGUGGUGGAGGGCUUGGAGAUGCUCUGUGAGCUCAGGGAGCUUCAUCUGGAGAAUCAGAGGCUGGCACCAGGGGAAAAGUUGCUCCUUGACCCUAUGACUCUGCGCUCACUGGCUGAAUCUCUUUGUGUCCUGAAUAUCAGUAACAACAACAUUGAUGAUAUCAAGGACUUGACAGUGCUGCAGGAACUCCAGCAUUUUUCUGCUGCUCACAAUAGAUUGCACAAUAUGGAGGAGUUGGAGGAUGUGUUCAGCCACUGGCCUCAGCUGCUUCACAUGGAUUUGGGUGGAAAUCCUGUUUGUAGAAUACCGAAGUACAGAGACCGCCUGAUAACAGUGUGCAAAAGCCUUGAGGUUCUCGAUGGAAGGGAAAUUAACGAGUUAACCAGACAGUUCCUUAUUAACUGGAAAGCAUCCAAAGAGGCCAAGAAGAAGAAAAACAACAAACAUUUGAUGACCGGACUGUCGAGCCCCUACCCCUUAGCAAACGACUUUAACAUGGGUCAGGGUCCUCAUCCUGGUCACAUCCACAGCCUCACUAACAUGCAGGGGUGGAAGCCGCAGCAGUCUCUCAGGGCACAAAAAUUAAAGAUUCCUAUGAGCGGACUUCUCAAUCAUGUGGCUGCAUCAUCCCCCCUCUACAGUCAUGUGGAAGCUUAAGACAAACCUACCAGUCCUUUAAAAUCUCCACCUCCUCUACACAUGCAGCACUAGCCCUGCUACUGCUAAGUGUCUUAGUCAUCACAGCUGCAGAUUUUUCAUGUUUGUAUAUUUAGUAGGACAGAGAACAGUCACUGUCACACACUUGCUGUAGCCGCAAGCACUUCAGAGUCACUGCAGUAUCCUUCACCUUGUGGUUUAAAAUCUGGCCUUUUUUCACAGCUUUUUGAUUUGAUCUUCCUGUUAUAACCAUAAAUAAAUAAUAGACUGGAAAUAAUCCACUUCUGUUUGAAAUUAAUUAAGAAGUUAAAGAGUGAAACAAUGAAUAAUGGUUUGUGCACAUUUAUUUUCCUAACUUUCACAGCUGGUUUAUUUCUAACUACAUUUUUGGGGUCUCGAGAUAUUAAUAAUACAUCCAACUCAAACUGUUACUUGCUCACAGUGCUCCAUUUUCUGUGUGUCAUUUUUCUUCUGCAUGUAUUUCAGCAAAUAAGUGAACCACGAGAUGCAGAGUGGCACAAUCUAAAUGAUCACUCUGCCCGACCAUUACAAAGCUUUACAUUAUCUAAAGCUAACAACACAUGCUUUUUUCAUUCCACUGUGAUAAAUGGUUAUUUUAUAGCAAAUACAGUAACAAUGCGGAUGUA